ACAUUUUAUUAUUUUUUUUCAAAAUUUUUUUGAAAUUCUUUCCUUCCCCCCCCCCCCCCCCCCCAAUCCGCCGUACACCCCCCUAAUAUUUGAUCCUUCGCGCGGGCCCUGGGAAUAGAAUAAGGCUCUUUUGCAAUCUCUAUUAUUGAUUUCAAUUAAACUUUUUGUCUUACGAGGAAACCUUCCGAAAUGAUUCAGAACUUUCAUGUUGUUGUUUUCUUUACAAGUCAAACUCAUUGAUUUUUGUUUUCAGACUUUAUGACUUAGAAUAAGAGAUUUACCGAAAAACUCAAAAGUACAAAAUUUCGAUCUGAAGUGUCCUUCGUGUAUAGAUCUCAUGGCACUUAUAGCAAUGUAAAUGUUACAAUCAAAACGAAUGUUUUGUCUCUUGAGAAAUCAAUUUUUGUAAUUUGCAUAAAAAAUUUUCAUGGACCCCAUCUUAAAUAGUGUAUAAUGAAAUAAAUCUGUUAGACAAACAAACACAAAUGACUAUAAUUAAAAAUAUAAUUCAAUGAAAAAUUAUUUUCUAGCAUUGUCCAUGGUCAAUAAAAUUACGUGAAUUACGUGCUAAUAGUUAUUUAGCAUUAGGUGAUACAUCAAAAGCAGUUAAUGAUCUUAAAGCUACAUCUAAAUUAAUACCUGAUAAUACUCAAGCAUUUCUUAAAAUAAGUCAAUUACUUUAUUUAAUGGGUGAUGCUGAUGAUAGUUUAACAAAUAUUCGUGAAUGUCUUAAAUUAGAUCCUGAUCAUAAAGAAUGUCAUACACAUUAUACUAAAGUUAAAAAAUUAGCUAAACAAUUAGAAAUCAUACGUGAUGCAAUAAGUCAAUCGAAUUGGAAUGAGUGUAUUGAAAAAGCUCGUCAAAUUCUUAAACUUUCUUCAGAUUCAUCAUCAUCUAUAUUUGUUUAUCGUGCACAUUCAUCAUUAUGUACAUGUAUGUCACGUGGAAAAUUUCCAGCAAUAGAUACAAUUAAAAUAUGUACUGAAAUAUUAGAUGCAUAUCAUACAUCUGAUGCUGAAAUCUUAGUUAGUCGUGCUGAAGCAUAUAUAUUAAAUGAAAAUUAUGAAGCUGCAUUAGCUGAUUUUCAACGUGCACAUGAAACAGAAGAUUCAAAUCGUGUACAGGAUGGAAUAAAACGUGUUGAAAAAUUAAUAAAACAAUCAAAAAAACGUGAUUAUUAUAAAAUUUUAAGUGUUAGACGAACAGCUAAUAAAGCGGAAAUUUUACGAGCAUAUAGAAAACUUGCUAUUAAAUGGCAUCCUGAUAAAUAUGAAGGUGAUGAUAAGAAAAAAGCAGAAAAAAUGUUUAUUGAUAUAGCUGCAGCAAAAGAAGUUUUAACUGAUCAAGAAAAACGUGCUAGAUUCGAUGCUGGUGAUGAUCCUCUUGAUGCUGAAGAACAAGCUCAACAACAUAAUCCCUUUCAUGGUUUUAAUCCAUUUGGUAGUGGCAAUGGGCAAGGUUUCACUUUUCGUUUUCAUUUUAAUUGA